UAGAAACCUGAUUAUUUUGUUACCUUAGCGACAUCACACCUCAACGGUCCUCGUAUCAUUGUGCACAUGGGAACGUGAGGCCAUCAAGCUAAGCUGAAAGAACAGACACAACAGCUUCCAACCUGACCAUGGGAGAUUACGAAACAAACAUCACUUAUGAUUACAACUAUAUAGAUGAGGUCUGUAACAAGGAAGGUGUUGUCAAGUUUGGCUCCAUCGCCACCCCUGCCUUCUUCUCUGUGGUGACCAUCCUGAGUCUAGCGGGCAACAUCCUGAUCCUGGCCAUCCUGGCCAAGUACGAGAACCUCAAGUCUCUCACCAACAUCUUCAUUCUCAACUUGGCCCUAUCUGACCUGGUGUUCACCUUUGGUCUGCCCUUCUGGGCAGCCUACCACAUCUGGGGCUGGACCUUUGGCUGGUUCCUCUGCAAGACUGUGACAUUUGUCUUCUACGCAGGCUUCUACAGCAGCGUUUUGUUCCUGACCAUCAUGACGAUCCACCGCUACCUGGCCGUGGUGCAUCCUCUGUCCGACCACGGCUCCCGGAGGGGCUGCUACGGGGUCACCGUCUCUCUCAUCAUCUGGGCGAUCAGUUUUGGUCUGGCCGUCCCCGCUUUGAUUUUCAGCUCUGUCCAAGAGAAUCCCCACGGGGGAAAAAAACAUUUGCAUUGUGAAUACGGCGUUCCAAUGUGGAGGGAAGUGAGCACAUACCAACAGAACGUCUUCUUCUUGGCUGCUUUUGCAGUUAUGGGUUUCUGCUACGUAAGAAUAUUGGAGGCAAUCUUCAAGUCAAGGUCACACAUGAGGAAUCGAACCGUGAAACUGAUCUUUAGUAUCGUGGCAGUAUUUUUCCUUGGCUGGGCACCUUACAACGUGGUUAUAUUUCUGAGGUUGUUGACCGACUACUCCGUAGCACCUUUCAACAAUUGUGAGGUCAGCAUGAAGCUCGACUAUGGGUUCUACGUGUGUCGACUCAUUGCUUUCUCCCACUGCUGUCUCAACCCCGUCUUCUACGCAUUUGUUGGGAUCAAGUUCAGAAAUCACUUGAAGGUUAUUCUGCAGAGACUUUGCAGUCGCCGAAGCACCGUAGAUUCACAACCGAUGGGAGUGACUCAUGUUCCCUCAAGGGGAUCCAUGUAUUAGUCUGGCUCUUGAAGUUUCAGAGCACCAUGGACUGAGCAGUCCAACCAUGAUCAAUUGUAAAAUGAACCUCUUUGCUUUUUCAAUACAUUUAGAAUGUUACUUUUUAAUAUUUUAUUUCCAUUACUUAUUAUCAUUGUCAUUUUGUCUUGUUCUUUUCAUUCUGUUGUUAAUCCCACUAUUGGUAUUUUAACAAGGGUUAAAAUACUUUGCCUGGUGUAUUUGUAUAACAUAUCAAAAGUACUUUUCAAAUAGUUAUUAUUGAUCUGAACCAUUUUUACAGUGUGUGUACUACAGUGGAUAUUAGGAUAGAUACAGAGGAGGACAAAUGCCUAAUUACUUCUUCAAAUAUGGGGAUAGGCUCCCCGUAGUAACUUUACCACUUUGGCAUUGCAUAAUGGGACUUUUUCAUAGCUUCAGCUAGGGUUCCACUGCCCUCAGCUAUAGGGUUCCACUGCCCUCAGCUAUAGGGUUCCACUGCCCUCUGCUGGGGAAAGAAACAGUAAAAAGGUUUACAGCAGAGUCCUCAAUUCUUUUCCCUGUGAGGUUCAGAGCCUGCUGUUUUUUUGUUCUACCUGAUCACUACAUUGCACACAUCUGGUGUCCCUGGUCUGAAUCCCUGAUUAGAGGUGAACAAUACAAAAAUAAUACAGGGGCACUGGCUUCGACGUCCAGAGUUGAGCUUGAGGGGUUCACAGCAAACGGGUCCAUAUUCAUGAAGCGUCUCAGAAUGCUUUUUAAAUGUUAUUUUUAAUUUUAUUUCACCUUUAUUUAACUAGGAAAGUCAGUGAAGAACAUUCUUAUUUAUAAUGAUGGCCUACCCCGGCCAACGAUGCUGACCCAGGUUCAGUUGACCCCCCCCCCCAUGUAAUUAUUCAUUAUGAUCUAAAAGGAAAAACUGGUCCUGGAUCAGCACUCCUCUACUAUAUGAAUAUGCACCCUGAUAUAUAGUAUAUACCAAGCCGGUCUCCCAUCCAAAUAGCCUACUAACCAAGUCCAGCGCUGCUUAGCCUCCGAGUCUAGAGAUUGGGCGUGCUCAGGGUGGUUGGACAUAAGCGAUGAUAAGGGAGAUUAAAGGGUUAAAUAACCAUAUGUCUUGUGUAACCAUACCAAAUGUAACAUAUCAUACUAAAUAGCUCAUCUCAGAUUUACAUACAUAAUAAUACGAAAUGCUCUUAGACCAGGUUGCAACCACUGAUCAGAAACAUUUAGCAUGCAAUAAUGAAGCCCAAAUCAAGCGUAGGCCAAAUAUUUUUGCUUGAUCGCGUAUAGGCAACUCCAAAAGCAGGAGGAGGUUAUGAAAUAUGAUCAAGAGACUUGCAUGAUUUUAAAAAUAGGAUUGCUAUUAUUUUGUAUGGGUAUCAUGAUGAAGAUACUCUCACAAUGCAUGAUCCUAACGCCCGCUCCCUAACAAAGUGGAGUGAGGGUAGGAAAGAGAUGAAACGUGGUUUUAAAAAAGCGUGGGCUUGGGCUCUGUUUCAAAAUAUCACCUUUUUUUUAUAACCGGGGUUCCACACUUUCCCGUGACACAAAUUGUGUGGGGAAAAUAUUGUAUUUUUUAUUCUGUUAUAUUCCAUUAUAUUCUUACUACAAAAUAUUUGUGUUAACUAUGAUCGGGGUAGGUGUAUCUGUUUAAAGAACAAACAUAAUUAACGAUUUAAUUCACUUGGAAGUAACCUAAUUCAACUCGAAAUAUGGCAUUCUAUUCUUUUGAAAAAAAAAAACAUUUUAUUCCUCUUAUGUUUCUUAGGACCUGCCUAAAAUGAAUUAAUAAUGGAUUUCUUUUUGAUGGUGUAUGUUCAAUGGGUUUAUUAAAAUAGGCGCCCAACCACAUCCGCACACCAUUACUAUCACAUGGGAGGUAUAAAAGGCAUGUGCGGGCAAUAAUGUGUUAAAAAUGGGCCUGUUUGGGCCAAAACAUUUUUAAGGAAAAAUAUACAUCAAUCCUAUGUGAAUGCAGAAUAGAUAUUUUCUUGUGAUGACAGCAAAUUACCAGCAGAGGAUGUUAAAGCAUAACAUAAGAAUUCACAUCUAUGUAGCCUAGGUCGGGGUGUUUUAAACCGUCCAUGUAGCCUAUUUGAACUAUUUCACAGCUAGCACACCUAAUUCAACUUGUCAAUGAAUCAUCAAGCCCUUGAAUGGGUGAAUCAAGUGGGCUAGUUCAGUAGCCUUGCCUUGUACGAGCUGGAAUGUCUCAUAGGAGCAGAUCUCCUGUUUCUCUAGCGUAAGGCAGCUUGAUGUACAAGUACACCCCCUAGACAGGAAGCGAGUAUAUCGCAGUGCCAAGCAGAGACGCAUUGGGUCCCAUUUGUACAGUCUUCGGUAUGAUUCAGCCAGAGAAAAAACUCUCAGCCUAAUAUAUUAAUUAUAAUAUAUGCCAUUUAGCGGAUGCUUUUUUUCCAAAGCGAGUCGACUCAUGCAUGGGUCCAUUUUUACAAAAGGGUGGUCCCAGGAAUCAAACUCAAUAUCCUGGCGUUGCAAACAUGUCCAAUCACCGUCCAUGUAUUAUAAGCCAAUCGUGUAUAGCUUCUCCUUCUUAGAAAGAAUGACACAGCAAAAAGCAUCGCGCCCCUCCAUCGUUGGCUGACUCAGCCAACCAACCACUAAGAAACAUGUGCGAUGUCCAGAGAGUGCACGAUCGAGAAUGAACUGUAGAGCCAACUUGUUUUCCAACAGUAUCAUUUAAAUAGCAACCGCUAGGCAUGCUAACACUUCUAGGGAGAGAGAAGGUUUUUGUAUCGUUCCCCUAAUGUUUGAGUGACCAGUUUUCCGUUCGUUUUUGGGAACAUUCUAUCUAUGUUAGCCAAAACCUUCUGAGAACCUUUUCAGCAUGCCGAGUAGAACUUAUCUAGAACGUGAUUACAAUGUUCUCAGAAUAUACAACAUUAAUGUACUAGGCACUUUUUAUGGGACCUUGCAACAACAUUCAUGUGCCCAGUUUUCUGAAGGUUAGGAGAAUAUUCCACACACACACACACACACACACACACACACACACACACACACAAACCCUAGGGGCCCAAGGUUCAUUGCAUGGUAAUGGUACAGUAACUCUAGCAUUCAUUUUCAUAGGUAAUAGAACUGUCAAAGUUGGUGAGAUCUAAAGUAUCAUGCAAUACGCUAACAUUACCAAGUUAUUGCUCAUUGUCUUAAAUGCUAUUCAGCUAGCUAAGUUUGUUAGCUAUCUAGCUAACAUUUGCUAGCUAUGUAAACAGCUUACAGUACAGCCAUGCAAAAUAAAUGGUAACGUUACAGUAACAUUCACACCCACAAGUGGGUAUGGCAACUGACUGAUUCUUAGUGAGGGACAGGAUCCAAACAUAUAACAACAUUCAUGCAAACAGCCGAAAACAAUCUCCAUCUGGAAGUUCUAGAGCUCGAUUCAAUCCGACUAUUUGAAUCCAGUGGGGGCUGCUGAGGGGAGGAUGGCCCAUAAUAAUGCCUGGAACGGCGCUAAUGGAAGGGCAUCAAACACAAACUGUGUGUUUCAUACCAUUCCACUGAUUCUGCGCCAGUCAUCACCACAAGCCCGUCCCCUCCAAUUAAAAUGUCCCCCAACCUCCUGGGUCUGAAUCAGUGUGCUAUCAUGGCAGCAGAGCCGUAGUAGUUGAGGGAAAAUAAUGUGACAAAAAAAAUGUAAUGUUGACAACAAGCUCAAUUACAAUCCUCAGUGGAGGAGUCUGGACCGCUAACUCAGACGCAGGCGCUGGCGAUGUUGUCGGUGCUGGACCAGUAGGUCCAAUGGUAGAGACCUGCUUAAAAGGGAGUAAUAUACAGAGACAGCAC